AUGUUGAAGGGUAACAACACGAACAGUAAAUCAACAACAUCUUUUCCAUCAUCAUCAUCAGACAACCAUAACACCAACUUUCAGAGCACACCACCAAAUCACAUGAACCAUGACAACCAACCAUUAAUAAGAACCACAGAACCUUCCGAAGUCGCGGAAGUACCUGUCCAUCAUCAAUGUAAUGAAACAUUGGAUACAACAAAAGUGAAUAACAACAUGAACGUCAAUGUCCACAAAGAGGAGACAAAUCCAUCAGCCCGAUCUUCCUCUUAUUCACCAUCAUCAUCAAUAACCACAAUCUCACCAUCAUCGCCGCUCACCAUACAAGUCUUGAGUAACAAGAGUGGUGGUGGUGGUGCCAUUUCAGAACCAACACCAUCAUCAUCAUCGGUUCAUAACAGUACAGCUGCUCAUCAUCACCAUUCACCCUUCUCACAUCAUCACUCCCAUACAGCACAUUCCGAAACUGCAUCACCCACCAUCAUAGAUCCCUACAUUCCAAUAUCAUCCUCGAAAUCUCAUCUCUACAAACCAAUGAUUGAUGUUUGCUUGAGAAAUGCUGCACUCGAUUUAUCAAAAUUCACUUCUCCGAGAUUUGAUUACAAGAUUAUUAAAAAAUUGGGAGGUGGUAUCGAAGGACAAGUGUUUUUGGCAACUCUCAAUGACUCGACUACUUUUCUCAAUACUCCCACACUCCCUCAAUAUGCCAUCAAAAGAAUUACCAUUUCAACAUUGCCAGAUCUGGAACAACAAAUCAAAUUAAUUUUACAAGUGUGCAAUGUUGAGAGAGAAUCAAUGGCCAUGAUGGUCAUGUCUUCUUCUCAUAACAACAACCAUCAUCAUCAUCAUCACCACCACUCCCAUCAUCCUACACACCAUCCCACGACAAAUCAUUCACAACAUGUUCAGAACCAUCACCACAAAUUUCAACAUCCUUCUUCAAUCCCUCAAGUUCACAUUGUUCCACACUAUGAUAUUUAUUAUAAGGAAUAUAAAAAUGCAAUGCGAGGAGAAUGUGAAUAUGUCUUGUCUAUUGUAAUGGCAUUUUGUGAUUUGGGAAGUUUAGAAGAUGUGAUAUUUAAUUAUGCCAAUGAAUAUUCAAAAUCUUCAUCACCAAAUCAUCAAUCGUUUAUCAGUGGAGAAUUGAAAUUGGAUUGGAUGAUUAACAUUACGAGGUCAUUGGUGUUUUUUCAUAAAAGGAAAUUAGUGCAUUUGGAUAUUAAACCUGAUAAUAUUCUCCUCCAAACGAAGAAAUCCAUGCUUGCUCAAUCUCCACCUCCAACCUAUUUACAAAUAUUAGAAAAUGCAAAUAUUUAUUUGUCUGAUUUUGGUUUAACACGUGAAUUCAGAGUUGGAGAUUCACCUCUCAUGUCCAUCACAGGAUCUAAAAAUUAUAUGGCACCUGAAAUUUUUGAUGGAAAAUAUUACAAUGAAAGUGUGGAUAUGUGGGCACUAGGAAUUGUUGCUCUUCAAUUACUUGUACAAAAGAGAAGAAGUCGAUUUGAUUCAUUUCGAAAUUUAUUAUUUAAUUGUUCCAAUAAUUAUGAAACCAAAUUAGUCAUUGAUCACUUUAUUAGUGAAUGUGUGAAAGAGGAUGAAUCCACCAAUGGGUUCAAACAAAACACACACCAUGACUCUCAUGGGAGUGGUGGUGCUAGUGGUGAAAGUGGAUUCAUGAAUUCAAUGACGAGUGGUGGUGCUAGUGGUGGUAGUACUAUUACUCUUACCACUACUGGCAAUGCUACUACUACUGGCAAUGGUGGUCAUGAGACAAUGAUGAUGAUGGACACAAGCACUACCACAAACACCACCACUCCUCCCAUCAUCCAUUCUCAACAACAACAACAUCAAUACAAAUUACUCACACUACUCUUAGAUAAGGGUCAUAACAUUUUGUUGAGAAUGGUUUAUCAAUGUUUGAGAUUGGAUUCCAGUGAACGAUUAAAUGCAACAGAAUGUCUUGCAUUUCUCACAAAAGAGAAGAGAGAACAUUUUUCAAUGAAUCCUUCCAACAAUCAUGCUGUGCAAUCCUCCUCCUCGAAGAUGGAUGGUCAAAAGAAAGAAUUGAAUGAUUUACUCUCAACUUUGGACUCUAUUCAACAACAAAUUGAUGGUUCAUUGAUCGAUGCAAUAUCGCAUCCUAAUAAUAAUAGCAGUGCAAGUUCAUCAUCUCUUCUAUUACCACAACUUUACCUCUAUACUCCAUUCACAACAACUGUUACAAGUAAUAAUAGUAACAACAACAACAACACGAGCUCACAACUAUUUGGAUCCUAUGAACUCGUCGGAUUUACUUCUCCUCAACUUUAUGAUUCAACCUUUUCUCCAAGAAUGUUCAUGUCGUCAGUAGUGAGUAGUAGUAGUACAUUACAACAACUCUCAAGUUUCUCGAAUCAGUCGUCCAUGAUGAGUCCAUCCUCCUCCUCCUCCUCCUCCUCACAUAAUUUUCAAAACUUUAACCUUCCAUCAUCCUCUUUCAUUCCACCUGCAGUUCAACAACGUUUCAACAAUUCACAUUUCAUCAUUUUCAAAUUAGCUAGACAUUUUUGGGAUCAAAUGUUUGGACCUUAUGUUUCAAAAGUUGCAUGGAAUGAAUUUAAGGAUUGUUAUUACUUUUUCACCAAGUCAGCACUCCACUCAAGAUCCGAAAAAGUAUUGAAAUGUCUAUUAUGUGAUGUUGAUAAUUAUGUUUAUAUUUACACCUUUACGAAAUGUGUACAGAAUUGCAAACACUUUCCAUUUCGAGACAUUUAUUUUAGCAAUCUCUAUGUCUACAGCAACAUAUUUAGUGGUUCAACUAAUGAUCAUUUAAUGAAUCCUACGACGAGUGCUAGUAGUGUUAGUAGUACUAGUAACAAUUCUGAAUCUUCAGAUGAUGAUUCUGAAGAUUCUGAUGAUCCUACUUCAUUCAUUUUGAAAGGUGGAUUGAGAAAACAACAACAUUCAGGUGGAAAUACUCUUAACUCGAGUACAACAAUGAAUUCCAUGCUUUAUGAAUUAUUUAAAAGAGUACAAGAUGAAGAUAAUUUAAUAUUCUCAUUGAAAGGAAAGUUUGAUUACAUUCGAUUUUUGAAAGAAGUGAAAUUGGAAUUGAUAUCCUAUGUGAAAGCAAAUCCAAAUAAUAUUUUGAAUAUCAAUCAUGAGAAUUCCACCACUGCAAAUCAUGCACAUUCUCCUUCAUUGAAUGCUGGUGGUGGUGUUGUCAAUUCCAAUAAUAACACUAUGACAACCACUACUACUACUACUGGAAAAGGUAAUAGUCCUCUCAAUGGUACAAGUAAUAUUAAUAGUAAUAGUAGUAAUAGUAUUAGUAGUAGUGGUCAUGGAUCACCUUCUGCGAGUUUGAGCAACCUCAUGAUGAACACCGUCGUCAUGAAUAAGAGUCUUCAACACCAUCAUGGAAUAUCAUCAAGUCCGAAUCGAUCGUUUCCAUCGAGUUCUUCCUCGACGAGCACGACAACGACGACUUGUUCUCAUCUUCAACAUUAUGCAUAUUCACAAUCCAUGAGUUCUAUAUUUCCUCAUCCUCAUCCUCAUCAUGGUGGUAUCUCAACUGUUGUAGGCACUAGUGGUCAUAGUCCAUACAUUCCUCCUCCUCUCUUUCAUUCCAAUGUAUUGUCGAUGGAUAUGAAUGAUGACUUUUAUCACCAAAUGAGAACACGAAAAAGAGCAGCUGUGAUUGGAGUGAGAAAUACAAAUUUUGAUUUGUUGUUUCAAUCUGGGGAAGAUGAUUCAUCCACAAUAAUGGGUAGUAGUCCUAUACUUGGUUCAUCACGUCGUGGUGGUGGUGGUAGAAAUAAGAAUGCAUCAACAACAACGUCAUCAUCAUCAUCACUCUCUUCAAGUAAUCUUAACAUGGCACAUGCUUCCAUUUCAUCUCUCACCAAUCGAUUUAGUACCAAUAGUGUGAAUAGUAACGUAUCGAAUGCAACAGAUUUCUUUUAUAACAAGUAUUCCACGACACCAAUUACCUAUGUAUUGAAUUGUAGAAAUUGCAAUUUCACUGAUGUGGAUUUAUCAUUUUUUGUAUCUUCUAUUCAAAGAUAUUACAUGGAGCACAUUUAUGUCGUCAAUGAUCAACACUCUACAAGUAGUAGCAAUAUUUUACAAUUAUUAGCAAGUCAUAAUGUGACUUUACACAACAGUGGCAACAGCAUUACAAAAAUUCCACUUUUAAUUUCAAUGAGAAAUAUUUUGAAUAUGAAUUAUAUGGAAGAUUUUAUUGACAAGAUCAUUCAAGGAUGUUUUGAAUAUUAUUUUGGAACUGCAAUCAAAACUUCUAAUAGUGGAACUAGUAGCAGUGAUCCAAUGAACAUUAAGAGUUCCUCAACUCCUCUUGUUGGAGAGACAUCAAGUUUCUCGGAGAGUAGUGCCAGUGUUAGUGGUAUUGGUGGUGGUGCUUCAUGUGGAACUCCAACAAGUCCUCGAUUCACCACUCCACUUCAACCAAACAAAACUUCUCAAAUGAUCCAUUCAACAACAACAACUACUAGUACGAAUGCAUUUUCAUCAAAAUCACAUCUACAUUUCAAUAAGGAAAUUCAACAAUAUUUAAGACAACAAAUAUUGAAUGGAAAUUGUAUUUUAAUUUUCGAUCAUUUUCAACAUUUUAAAGGACAAGACUAUUACAAUAUUCUCUCACAAUUAAGUGCAUUCACAAACAAUACCAUCUAUAUUGUAGAGAAUCAAAACAAACCAAAUAUGGUUGGUGAUUCUUAUCAUCCAUUAGAUCCAAAUUUCAAUACUUUUUACAGUCAUUAUAUUUUAAAGAAUAUUGAUAUUCAUUCAUGUGGUGUAAACAAUAUUUCAUCAUUACUACAAAAUUGUACAGCAGCAAAUUAUGUUACUGCACAGAAUAUUCUAUUGACUUCAACGACUCUUUCUGAUCUUUCAUUGUUGAAUGGUGGUGGUGGUGGUGGAAAUCAUUCUACGACGAGUGGUGGUGGUGCUACUAAUAGUGGAAAUAGCAAUAGUACUAGUGGUGGUGGUGAUGGUGGUGGUGAUGGAAUGAAUGAAUCAUCAAAUACCUUCUCCUCCUCCUCCUCCUCCUUAUUGAAAAAGACAAACUCGAUCAGAGGAGGAAAGAAUACCCUAUCUCAUGACUUGCAGAAAAAGAAAUCAGUUGGAGGUUUUCUUGCCAAUACUCUCUUCAAUGAAUUUAAUGAGUUUGAUUUUAGAUAUUUAGAAAUUGCACGAAUUCCAUCCUUUUCAUAUUAUUUUGCAUUGAAACAAAAUCAUGAGGAAUAUGGAGGUGAAAUUCCAAUUCGAAUCAUGAUUGAACAAUUUCUCAACAAGUAUUACAUUUCGAGUGACUUGAGUUUACUACCCAUGAAUCCUAGCAGUAAUAGUGGUAGUAGUAAUAGUAGUGGUCAGAGUGGUCAGAGUGGUAGUCAACCUUUUCUCAUCACCUCAACGAAUUCACCAUCCUCCAUUUCACACCAUCAUGCAAGUGGUCAUUUCACAUCCUUCUCACUCGCUCCUAUUCAUCGUACCAGUAGUCAGAAUGGUGGUAGUGGUGGUGGCAAUAGUGGCAAUAGUUUUGGUACGAUUACCUCCAAUUCUACAACAACAACAACAACAACAACACACGAGACACAGCACCAUCAUCGUGAUUAUUCUUCUGCAGAGACGACGACGACGACAACUCUUCAUUUGGAUUCGACAGUUUCAACUCUACCACCCUACCUUGCCAUUGAUCAAGACACUUCUCAAGAUUCAUCCCCAACUACUGCCAACAACAACAACACUUCUGAUAAGAAGAGUACUACUACUACUACUACUCGUAAUCGAUCGAGAUCAUUGCGUUUCUCCAUGGGUCUUCCAACCAACAUCUCAACCAAUACCUCAACCAAUACCUCAACCAAUACCUCAACCACCACGAAUCCUAAUAAUAGUAGUAGUAGUAGUAAUAGCGGUGGUGGUGUUGGUGGUGUUAAAAGAGAUUCUAAAAAUUUCAUGUCCAAUUUCUUUCAUUCUUCAUCCUCUCAGAACAACACUAACACCAAUAACAACAUGAUGAAUCAACAACAACAACAACAACUCAAUUCUCCAUCCAAUCAAUUAAGACUCUCUCUCAAAGAUCAUUACGACGAUCGAAAGAGAAUUUCAUUCAAUAAUAUUGAACAAUUUACAAAGAAUUCUAAAUUACUCACCACCAAUGAUCUCAUUGAAUUCAUAUUGGAUUUGGCUGAAUAUCUAUCCGUUUCUAAAAUUGAGAAAUUCAGAAAAUUACCAGAAGAUUUCUUUGAUGGUAAACCUGCAUUGUAUCGUCUCAUUUGGAAACAAAUCAUGUUUAUUUAUCAAAUGUACUAUGAAGAUGAUCAUCAAAUAUCUUCACAACAAUUUCCAUUAUUAGGUUAUUUACCUCAAUUUAAAUAUUUUGUCAUGCCAACAGUAGUGAGAGAAUAUUUAACAGGUGUUCAAUGGGCAAAGAAAGAAAAACAUUCACUCAUUCGAUAUUUAAAAAGAAAGACAUUGAAAACUGUAUUUAAACCCAAAUUAACCAUUCGAACAAGUGUCAUUCGGAAAUUCUAUCUUGAUCCAUUCUAUAGAAAGUGUAUUUACAAUAUGGUUCAUUUUAUGGAUAAGGAUGAAGUGAAAUCUCUUCUCAACAAGUUACAAAAAGAUAAAUUGGUAUUAAGUGAAGAGGUGAUUAUUGAGAGAAUUUUAAUUAGAAAUUUGAGUAUUGACAAACUUGAACAAUUUUCCAAUCAAGUCAAGAGAAGAAACAAAGUUGACUUGUCGAGUAGUGGACACCUUGGAUCCAUGGAUGGUGGUGGUGGUGGUUCUGGUGUUGGUGCUAAUAAUAAUAAUAAUAGUACGAAUCUUACUAGUGGUGUCGGAGUUGGUGCUGCUGCUGCUGGUCAGAGUGAUAAUACUACUACCACUACUGGAGGAGGUAGAUUGAACAACAACAACCCCAAUACAAAUUCCAGUUCAUUAAUGGGUGGAAUGAGAUCCUCAUGGAAGUUUGGAAAUCAUGAAUCCUCCUCUCAGUCAUCACUCUCCUCAUCACUCUCCUCAUCAUCAUUCAAUAGAAUCUCUUCAAUGAAUUUAAAUGCUAUGCAAACCUCCUCUCAAUCGUUCGGUGGUGACUCUUCCUUCUUCUACAUUGAGGAUUACAUUAAGGACAUUGGAUUGAUUGAAAAUUUGUAUAGAGAAUAUUUGAGAAGAGCCAUCACUUCAAAAUAUGUGGCCAUUCAAAAUAUUGCAUUGAGAAUUCUCACUCAAAAUUCAAGCACCAAUGAUUUGAAUGCAAAUACUUUCAUUGAAGUAUUAACAGAUUUUCUAAAGAGAAAUGAACCAAGUGAGAAUGAUUCACAACCAAUUAUUUUCACAACAAUGGAAAAGAAAAAGAAGAGUAUUUUCAAUUCGAGAAAAUCAACCACCUCUUUCAGAUUAUCUCAACCCUUAUCAUCUUCCUUCCAACAACAACAAGACAAUGAUUUCUUUUCAGUUCAAAAUUUUAACAUUUCAAACGUUGUGCAUGUUAGUGGUUGUAUUAAGAGAUUAAUUGAAUAUUGUCAAGAGAAUUAUUUAUUUGAACAAAUGACCACACUAUUGAUGAACAUUUAUGGAACUACUCCAUAUCUAUUACUCAUUGUAUUAUCAUCACCAUCCAUCGAUGUUGUAUUGAAUCGACAAGUAUUGAAUGUGUACAUGCAGUUAUUGAAAAAGUGUGUGAAUGAUUUACUCAUUCUCAUUAACUUGUCGAGUGAGAGACAAGGAAAUCAGAGAUUUGGAAAGGAUGUCUCAGGACAAAAUUCAUACAACAACAAUAACUCUUAUCCACACAACAACAAUUCUUCAUUUUAUGGAUCAUCGAUGCAUCGAACGAAUACUAAUUCUAGUACUUCUACGAAUGGUGGUGAAGAUGUCAAUUUUUUUAUCUUGUUCAAGCUUAUUCUCGUAUUGAUUAGAAGAAUUCAAAUGAUUAGUCCUGAUGAAUUUAUUUCUCCUAAUCUUGAAUCUAAAACAAGUUAUGAUUCCUAUAAGAUUGUUUAUCCUCUCUAUAACAAUUUAUUCAAACAUUAUUCCAAUAUUGCACAGAGAUCAUCAAAGAUUCAUUUGAAAUGUGUUGAUUUUCUUUUCUCCUUAUUAGGAAAUAAUAUUGUAUUGGACAGUGAUAUGUGUGAAAAGAUUACAGAUGAUUUCAAACAAAUUAUUAACUAUAAUUACAAUGGAAAAAUUGUUCAUUCAUUGGAUUAUAAUGUUAAAUUUUAUGAUCAUAUUACAAAAUUUAUAGAAGUCUUUGAACAAGAUGAAUCCUACAUGAACAAAUUGAUUUCUAUCUUUGUUCCUCAUUCAAUUAACAACAUGCAAGUGAAAGAUCCAAUCUAUGGAAUUGAUUCAGUGAUUGCAUCCUCACUUUUGAAUCCUAAUAAUGCGAAUGAAGGAGGUGGAUUUUUAAAAUUAAUCGCUUGCAUUCAGAAGAACAAGGAACUCGUACUCUUAAUGAUUAUGGAAAGAAUUUUAUUGAACCAUUAUCACUUUUUAAAGAAUACAACAUUGAUUCGAUCGAGUGAACAUGUUCAUUCUCCAACCAGUGAGAAUGAAACAUCAUCAGCAAUGAAUGAAUAUUAUGAUGUAUACUAUCAAGGUAUUCUAAAAAAGGAUUACAUUUCAAUUAAGAGAAAUCAAAUCAUUCCAAGAUUUAUUCAAUUAUCGAAAUCAGUGCUCAUUUUGCUUGCAAAUAUUGAAAGUGAAUCAAAGAAUCGACAAGAUCCAAUCAGUAGUGAUGAAGAUGAUGAAGAUGAUCAAGAAGAGGAAAACGAUACACAAUCUUCACCACGUACUCCACGCGGUCAUCAAGAAUCCAUUUUGAAUGAUCAGAAAGAUUCAGAUCGUACUCGUAUGAAAAAUAGUGCUAUGAGUGAGGAGGAUGACGACGACGAUGGUAGUAGUAGUAAUAGUAGUAGUAGUAAUAGUAGUAGUAGUAGUGAGGAGGAGGACGAUGAUGAGGACAACGAUGACGACCAUGAAAGAGACUCUUCUCAAUCACCAUUACCACCACCUUCUUCCACCAUGCAUGGUCGACCCAUGAAUUCCAAUCCUCAUCACUCUCACCAUUUAUUAUUAAUGAGUCCACAAAAGUUCCUCUCUCUCGAUACUGCUGCAGAUAAGAUUAUUCACAUUAUUCGAGUGUGUAUUCGAUCCUUAUUACCAAACAUGCUUGAUAGUAGUGGUCAUCACAACAACACUGGUGGUCAUGCUAAUUUCCAUCCAUCAACUGGAGUAGGUGGUGGUGUAGCAUCCAUUCCAUCCAAUAUUGAAUCCUAUUAUUUUGAUUCAUUUAAUUUGGAACAACAUUUAUCAUGUCUUUAUAUUGUCUCACAUUUAUUACCUAUUUAUGGAAAUCACACCAUUACCUGUAAAGGUGUACCACUCAUCAUUGAAAGAAUAUUUUGUGAUUUAUUGUCCAUUCUAUUUAAAUCUUUGAUUAGAAUUUCACAACAACAACAUCCAACAGAAUUCAAACAAUCUAUUUUAUUAUUGAUUUAUAGAUAUUAUUUAAAGAUUAUAAAAAUAUACAUGACUAAUUAUAGAUACUAUCAAAGAGAUAAAAAAUUGGAUGCUUCGAGACAAUUUGGACAUUAUCAAAAUUUACAUACUCAUCAACAAUCCAUGUUAAACAAUCUAUCCAUGCUAUUAUUACUAUUUAUUCAUGAUGAUAAUCGAAAUAGUUAUGAAAUUAAUAAUAAUCUCAUUACAAAAACAUUUAAAGUACUUUCACUAUUACCAAUAUCAUCCGAGAGAGUCAUUAAGAGAUUUAUGGACAUUAUUCAAAAUAGCUCUGAACCUUUUAUUAUUCGAUUUUAUGCAACUUUUUAUUUGAAUGAAAUAUUUAGAAAGGAUCAAAAUUUGUCCAAUGUGAAUGCUCUCACUUUAUUUAGUCAUUCUGAAACAGAGAAACAACUCAUUGAAGGAAUUUCAUCAUUCAUUUUGAAUAGUAAUACUGAAAAGUUAUUGAAUCAUAUUUUCCAUUUGAUCAAAUAUGGAACGAAUCAACAACAAAAGCAAGUUUUUGAACAAGUCAUUUCAAAGAGAUUGAUUGCAACGACCAGUCAAUCCUUUCAUAUUGGUAGUUAUGGUAGUAGUUAUGGUAGUAGUUAUGGUAGUUCCUCAUCUCAUCAACAGCAGCAGCAUCAACAACAUUCACACCAUAGGAAAAGUUCCAAUCACCCACAUGCUGCUGUGGGAAGUGGUGGUAGUAUUUGGUUGGGACAUUUAUUGUAUCCAAACCCUUCGAAUCCUUCAAAUCCUCAUACGUCUCCUCGUUCGAGUAGUAGUAGUACCAUUAGUGGUGGUGGUGGUGGUGGUGGUGGUCAUAAUAGUAAUCAUCAGCAGCACCACAAUACUUAUGCAUCAUCAACAACACCAUCUUGGUCUACAACACACUCGACCAACAUGAAUUCGAUCAGUAACAACAAGAACAACAACAUCACCACCACCUCUAACAAUUCUCAAUUCUCUCCAUCCACAUCACCAUCCACAUCACCACCACUCUCACCACCACUCUCACCACCAUCCUCAUUCACAACAACAACAACCACAAACACCCUAUCAACAACAACCUCUCAACAACAACAACACAACAAACGCAAAUCCACUUCUGGAAGUGUAUUCAUUUCCAACAUGUUUGGUAAUAUUAGUGGAGCUUCUUCACUCAUUGAAGAUUCCUUGAAUUUUGGAUAUUCCAACAUGACCACUCUCAUUCAUUACUUACCACCUCAAAUCAUGAUGAAUUUAAAUGGUACUCUAUCGUCAUGUAUGGAACACUCCAUUGUUCGAUUAGGUUUGGAAACCAUUUCAUCUCGAUUCAAUGUUCUCAAUGAUAUCACUGCACUACAAAAUCAAUGGAAUAUCAACAUGUAUUUAUCAAGUAGUACAUCUUGCCUCAUUCAAUCCACAACCAAUCACUCCAAUGGAACAAUUUCAUCAUUGAGUUUUAAUUCAGUUGCAGCAGAAGAGAUUGUGAAAGGGAUGAGAACAUUUGUGGAUUUGAUGCAACAUGAACAUUUGAAACCAUUUAUUAUUGAACAAUUAUUUGAAAUUAUUAGACAAUGUAGAGAGUUAUUGAUUUGUAUCAAGAUGGAUGAAGAAAUGGUUCGAAAAUUGAAACUCUAUUGUCCUGUAGAAUAUUUCUUUAUGGUUCACGAGUUGUAUCAUAUUUGA